AUGUCCCCAUGGAUCCUGUCUGCUGCUACUUGUUUUGUGGAGAAGGUGCGAGGGCAGCAACCAUUGCCGCCUCAGUUCUUAACCAGGUUCCCUCUUUGCCCAUCGGUGGACAUCCUUGAGGGGCUGCUUAUAAGUGACACAAACCAACCUGGGUUUGCCUGCAGAGUUUCGGCGCUGAGCUGUAAUUGCCCUUCAUUUUUGGCUGCUGCUUUAGCUAGAGCAACUUCAGAUGAAGUCCUUCAGAGUGAUCUUUCGGCACACUACUUACCAAAGCAUGUGGACAACGCAGAUGGGAUCAUACAGAUUGAAACGGUGAAGUUAGCCCGUUUAGUUUUUAGCAAACUGCAUGAGAUCUGCAGCAACUGGGUGAAAGACUUUCCACUCCAGCCGAAACCCCACCGCUACUACGAGACAUCCAUCCAUGCCAUCAAGAACAUGCGCAGGAAGAUGGAAGACAAGCAUGUCUGCAUCCCAGACUUCAACAUGCUCUUCAACCUUGAGGACCAAGAAGAGCAAGCUUAUUUUGCAGUGUUUGAUGGUCAUGGGGGAGUGGAUGCUGCCAUCUAUGCCUCCAUCCAUCUCCAUGUCAACAUGGUCCAUCAGGAGAUGUUUCAGCAUGACCCGGCAGAGGCACUGUGCCGAGCUUUCCGGGUGACCGAUGAGCGCUUUGUCCAGAAGGCAGCCAGAGAGAGUCUGCGUUGUGGAACCACUGGGGUGGUGACGUUCAUCCGAGGAAAUAUGCUGCAUGUGGCUUGGCUUGGGGACUCCCAGGUUAUGCUCGUGAGGAAAGGCCAAGCUGUGGAGCUGAUGAAACCCCACAAACCAGAUCGAGAGGAUGAGAAGAAGCGCAUUGAGGCACUCGGUGGCUGCGUGGUCUGGUUUGGAGCUUGGAGGGUGAAUGGGAGCCUGUCAGUCUCCAGAGCUAUUGGGGACGCUGAGCACAAGCCAUAUAUCUGUGGGGACGCAGACUCUGCCUCCACUGUACUAGAUGGCUCUGAAGACUACCUCAUUUUAGCCUGCGAUGGCUUCUAUGACACAGUCAAUCCCGAUGAGGCAGUCAAAGUGGUGGCUGACCAUCUAAAGGAGAAUAACGGCGACAGCAGCAUGGUAGCACAUAAAUUAGUGGCAUCUGCUCGGGAUGCCGGUUCCAGCGACAACAUUACUGUCAUUGUGGUAUUUCUCAGGGACAUGAACGCAGCAGUUGCUGUUAGUGAGGAGUCGGACUGGACGGAGAACUCUUUCCAAGGUGGGCAAGAAGACAAUGGGGAAGACAAGGAAAACCACGGAGACUGCAAACGACCGUGGCCCCAGCACCAGUGCUCAGCACCUGCAGACCUAGGCUAUGAUGGACGAGUGGAUUCCUUCACCGACAGAACUAGCUUAAGCAUAGGGUCCGGCGUUAACCUCUUUGAUGAUCAAGGCUAUUUAGACCUGACAAAAACAGAAACUAGUACACCUCAGAGUGCCAAAUGUCCGCCACCAAUUCAAGCAUUUAGUCCCGGCAUACCAAAGAGUGCGAAUUUGAUCAACGGCUUAACAGUGAAGAAUGAAUCACCAGAGCGCACCAUGUCGUCGACCUGUGGACAGAGCGAUCCCAGGGAGUACGACGCUCCUCUUAGUUUGGGUGCUGCAGGGCAGAGCAUCUACAGGGUGAAGGGUUUAUCCCCCAUCUUCUUUGGGCUGGAAGAUGAACUGUUCAAAUCCCUGGGAAAACGAGCUGCGUUCUUUCACUUUCGGCUCUGUAACGGCAAGAGGCGACGAGGAGCCAGGCUCAAACCAAAGUUUCACACACCGCUCGUGGCUCAUGAGCCUUCCCAUAUAGAAGGGUCGAGUCUGUCCUUACCUGUCCGGGGCCGCGGUAGCACGAGGUUGUCGGUAGACGACUAA